GAGCACCUGGCUGACCCAGCUGGAGCCCAGCAAAGGAGACCAACACCUUAAAAACCCUUUUAGGGCGUGCGGGGGUGUGAGGGCCGGGCUCAGCUGGUGGCACUGACUGAGGGGUGGCUCUGGGGGAUAAGAGCGGCUGGGCUGGGCGUCCCCUCCCCCUGUAACGGGGCCGGGGGCGCUUUGUGCUGUCACCGGCGCCCGGCACCGGCCGCGUUCCUGGGCGUGUCCCGGGCCUGGGUUCCAGCGGCCGCUGCCCUGCCCCGUGCUCGGCUGCAGCAUCCAGAUUCCGUGAGACACAUGGCGAGUUUCUUAAAGAAAAUCCUGGAGCCGUCCGAGGAGGAUGCGUUUGACCACUUGACGUGGAUGGAAAAGCCUCGGCUCAGCAUCUUCGAGGGGCUGAAGCCAGAGGAUGUGCUGCCCUCGCCCAACGUGGGGCUGCCCAGCGCUCUGAUUCCCCGGGAGCCGCCCGGGCCCGCCUACGUGACCCACACGGGCCCGCUGGUGCGGUGGCUGCGGCAGCAGGACGGGCCGGGCCGGGCUGCCCCGGAGCCGCACCCGCAUCCGCACCCGGCCCCGCACUGGUACCGGCCCCGCUCCGAGCCCAGACCCGCUCCCGGCCCUGCUCCCGGCCCCGCUCCGGCCCUGAAGCUUCCCCCGCCACCGCCCCGGCACCGGCGCGCCCCGGCACCGCCCGCGCUCUGCCACACGAUCAUCUUCGCCAGGAGACCUGCACAGGAUCAGCUUUGCCAGGACACCUCCCAUGGUCAUCCUCUCCAGAAAACCAACACAGGAUCAGCUUUGCCAGGAAACCUCCAAUGAUCAUCUUCGCCAGAAAACCAACACAGGAUCAGCUUUGCCAGGACACCUCCCAUGAUCAUCCUCUCCAGAAAACCUCCACCUGACCAUCUCUGCCAGAAAACCACCACAGGAUCAUCUCUGCCAGGAAAUCUCCCGUGAUCAUCCUCUCCAGAAAGCCUCCUCAUGAUCAUCUUCACCAGAAAACCUGCACAGGAUCAGCUUUGCCAGGACACCUCCCAUGAUCCUCUUUGCCAGAAAACCACCAUAGGAUAAUCUCUGACAGAAAACCUCCACAGCACCAUCUAUCUAGAAAACCGCCACAUGACUAUUUUUGCCAGAAAACCUCCACAGGAUCAUCUCUGCCAGGAAAAUUCCACAGGGUCAUCUAUCCAGAAAACCAACACAUGACCAUCUUUGCCAGAAAACCUCCCUGGAGCAUCCUGCCCCCGAGCAGCCCUGCCUGCCCCAGCCACAGGGAGUGACCCUGAGGCCGAGGAGAGGAGGAAGGUGCUCCUGAGUUUAUGACUCUGCUCCUGAGUGCUCUGCAGACUCAUUAAACAUCCCUGCAAGCAGCACUGAGCUCUUGGAGUCUUUUCCUAAAAGGUUGAUUGGAAUGGAAGCAGAAGGGGGUGGAAAUGCAUCCUGGUCUCUGCUCCUGCCUGGAGCAAACCACAGCUCUGCAUUUGAAAUAAAAUAUUUAACUUGUGAUAGUGAGGAAAAAAAAAAUUGACCCUUUUCUUGCUGUCAAAAUUAAAUUUGCUUGAGGAAGCCGUUUGUCCUGGAAAACUCUGCUGGAGUUAUAAACAACUUCUCUGAUAGUCCUGAGUAUUUUCUACUGCAUCCAGCGUGUGGUUCCUGCUGUGCAGCUCCUGGGAGUUUGGCUGCUGUGGGACUGGUGCCACUUGGCUGCUGAGGGCUUUGGGAAAGGGUGUUUGGCUUCUGCAGGGAAAGAAUGUGAAGAAUGAGAAAAUGUGGCAAAAAAAAAAAAAAAAAAGAGAGAGAGAGAAACUACCACUUUCUGGGUUGGAUAAAUAAAUUUGUUCCCUGUCCUA